AUCCGCUCCGGCCCCCACAAGUCACCCGUGCCGGUGCCGUGGUGCUUCUUCCUUCUCUCCCUCCCGUCCGAGCCGGCUCGGCUAUAAAAUCCCCGCCCCCUCCCGUCUCCUCUCCACACAUCCGAUCCGAUCCAAUCCAAUCCAGCCCCCCUACGAUCUCACCGGGAAACCUCCGAUCCGAGCGAAGCGAAGGCUCUCUCGUCCUCCUCCUCAAGAUGCAGAUCUUUGUGAAGACCCUCACCGGCAAGACCAUCACCCUUGAGGUCGAGUCCUCUGACACCAUUGACAAUGUCAAGGCAAAGAUCCAGGACAAGGAGGGCAUCCCCCCGGACCAGCAGCGCCUGAUCUUUGCCGGCAAGCAGCUCGAGGAUGGCCGCACCCUUGCGGAUUACAACAUCCAGAAGGAGUCCACCCUCCACUUGGUGCUCAGGCUCCGUGGUGGCAUGCAGAUAUUUGUGAAGACCCUCACCGGCAAGACCAUCACCCUGGAGGUGGAGUCAUCUGACACCAUCGACAACGUGAAGGCGAAGAUCCAGGACAAGGAGGGCAUUCCCCCGGACCAGCAGCGCCUCAUCUUUGCUGGUAAGCAGCUUGAGGAUGGCCGCACCUUGGCGGACUACAACAUUCAGAAGGAGUCAACCCUUCACUUGGUGCUCCGUCUCCGUGGUGGCCAGUAAGCUCCUGGCCAUGGAGCUGCUUUUUGUCUCUGGGUUCACAAGUCUCGUCUUCGGUGUCCUCCAAAGGAGUCUGGUCUAUGUCUGUCGUUGCCUGAACUGUCUUUGUUUCUAUACCGUACUAUGAUGCAGUGUUAUCGUUUGUAUCUGCAAACUUCUGCUGGUGUGCAGCAGCUUUGAUGAACUUAAUAUUAAGUGAGCCCUGAAUUCAAUCCAUAAUAUUGUUUGUCUUGCCUGA